AUGGUAAAAGAUGAUGGUCUAGAGAAGUGGGUUGCCCUAGAAGAGAGGGUAAGGGCAAUUAAAGGAAAUAAUUUGUAUGACCCUGUGAAAGCUACUGAGAUGUGUUUAGUACCAAAUAUAGUUAUUCCUAAGAAGUUUAGGGUGCCAGAGUUUGUCAAUCUAAGUGAAGUUGCUCUUACUUGGUACAUGCAUCUAGACAACACCAAGGAGACAGGAUGGAAAGACCUAGUUGAUGCUUUUGUUGGGCAAUACAAGUUCAAUAUGGAUAUAGCUCUAGAUAGAUCCUGCUUCCACACCUUGGAAAAAGGUCGUAAGGAAUCCGUGAGAGAGUACGCACAAAGGUGGCACGAAAUGGAAGCACAGGUUAAUCCACCACUAUUGGAAAAGGAGAUGAUAAGCCUAUUCUCUAAUACUUUCAAAGCCCCAUACUUUGAAUAUCUGGUCAGAAGUUUUGCACAAAACUUCUCUAAUUUGGUUGCUAUAAUAGAAAGAAUCGAGUAA